AUGCCUUCAAACGCCAUUUUCCCUCCUGUACCCAGUACUCCGAUCAAUCAAAUGGGACCCAACGCUCGCACCGCACCUGGUUCUCCCUGCACUCCGUGCCGCGACAGAACGGUCCAUCACCCCGGCACUGCGCCCCCGCUGCCCUGGCGCCCUCGUCGCGACAGCAAUCCGUUCAUCGAGCACCCCGAUCCCUACACCACGCCCCCUAGACAGACCGGACGCAACGCCCCGACGGCGCCUGGUAUGCCCGAGGAAUUCAAGAAGAAGAAAUCUAAGGACAACACGAGGAGGUAA